AUGAUGGAAUAUAUUGGAGCCACAGGCAUUCCAGUCAGUUUUGAUGAUGUUCCAAUUGAAAAAGGCAUUGACUUCCACUUCAUCCUUAGCUUCGCAAUCGACGCAGACUCGUUAGGCAAUCCCCAAAAUGGUAAAUUUUCACCCUACUGGCAGUCAACCUUAACCCCGGAAUCAGUUGCAGCUAUCAAGGCACGCCACCCAAACCUGAAAGCCUUGGCUAGCCUCUCCGGCUGGAGCCUAGGUCAAAAGGUCCUGCGCUGGUACAAGCCGGCCAAUCUCCAACUUUGGAUAUCCAACGCUUUCUCCUCCCUCAAAUCCAUUGUCACCACUUACCAUCUGGAUGGUAUAGACAUAGACUAUGAAAAUUUCCCCAAACACAACGAAAGUUUCGCUUACUGCAUUGGCGAGCUCAUCACUCUCUUGAAGAAUCAAAGAGUCAUCGCCGUAGCAACCAUUGCACCAUUUUAUAGCACCGUGAUACCAUAUAUCCAGCUCUUUGAGGGAUACGGAGAUGUUAUUGACUAUGUUAACCACCAGUUCUACACCGACAAGGUUAAGACACCGAAAGGAUAUCUGGAAGCCUUCAGGCUUCGGACCCAGCAGUUUGAUAAGGGUAAGGUGCUGCCUAGCUAUGAAGUAAAUGGGAGGGGAAUUCAAGGAGAUGCAUUUUUUGAAGCUUUGAAGCUUUUGAAGGGGAAUGGGUUUGAUGUGAAUGGAGUGAUGAUAUUUUCUGCUGAUGCUUCUUCUUCCAAUGACUAUUACUAUGAGCGAAAAUCGCAAGCUUUCUUGCUCAAUUCAUCAACCAGUUCUAAUUUCCAAGAAUUCUAUGCAAAAAAUGAUUUUUUAUCUAUAUACCUUAUGUUCAGCUCGCGGAAAAGCGCUAGUUCUACUUUCCAGGAUACCAUGGUUGCAAAACUUCAAGAAUCUCAAUCAGUUAGAGACAAUGAUUCUCCAAUGACCGAGGAUGAUAUUGUAGAUGAAGUUCUUAGUACGACAUCAACUUAUGUGGGUGGCCUCGGACAUGGCGUGAUAGCUCCAUCCUCUAAUUCUAGCCUACGUGAGCAAGUGUUGGUGGCUAACAAGAGAAAUGUUAUAUUAAAGUCCGAAAUUGAAGCUCUUAAGAGGGAUGCUAUGGAGAAAAAUACUUUUUUAGAGUUAGAGAUUGAAAAGGCUAAUGAGAGGCUUCAGAUGCUAAAAGAGAGGCUGCCAAACCUGUAG